AUGGAAAAUCAAACAAUUAUCACAGAAUUCAUCCUUCUUGGAUUUGGAAAUCUUCAGGAUCUACAGAUUCCUCUCUUCCUGCUCUUCCUCUUAAUUUGCAUUGCGAUCAUGACUGGGAACCUUCUAAUAGUUGUACUGAUUGUAGCUGAUCGGCAUCUCCACACUCCUAUGUACUUCUUUUUAGGGAAUUUGUCUUUCCUGGAAGUUUGCUACGGCUCAACCAUCCUGCCCAGGAUAUUGGCCAGUCUCCUGUCUGGGAAUGAGGCCAUUUUGAUUAGGUUCUGCAUCAUGCAGUACUUUUUCUUUGGUGGCUUGGCUGGCACAGAAUGUUAUCUUUUAUCUGUGAUGUCUUAUGACCGAUAUUUAGCAAUCUGCAAGCCCCUGCAUUAUGCAGCACUGAUGAACAGCAGGCUCUGGCGACACCUAGCAUGUGGUUCAUGGCUAAAUGGCUUUCUUGCCAGUGCCACAGUAACAUCAUUUAUGUCUCAGCUAAAAUUUUGUGGUCCAAAUGUAAUCAACCAUUUCUUCUGUGACUCUUCCCCAAUUCUAAAACUCUCCUGCAGUGACACUCAGCUUAUUUCUGUAUUGAUCUUCCUCCUGUCAUCUGCAUUUACUCUUCCUCCAUUUAUCCUAACAUUGACUUCAUAUGUUUGUAUCAUUUCUAAAAUUCUGAGAAUUUCAUCUGUAGCAGGAAGGCGGAAGACCUUCUCUACCUGCUCCUCUCAUCUCACUGUUGUCACCAUUUUCUAUGGGACUCUCAUGAUUGUGUACAUGUUACCUCAGACCAAUGAACUGAUAUAUUUGAACAAAAUCUUCUCUGUCUUCUACACUGUUGUAACACCACUGGUGAACCCUCUUAUCUAUAGCUUGAGAAACCGAGAGGUCAAAGAGGCCCUGAAAAGGGUUCUUCACAAAUGUGGUAAUUAA